UUUUUUAUUAAUAACUUCUUGUCAUCAAAUAAAGUAGCAAUUCUCGCCUUAAGAAUGCAUACAGCUCCAGUAUCUAAUACUUCUAUCAGAUCUCUUCCUUUGCCCAAUCAACAACAACAACAAUACUAUUUUAAACAUCAAAAACCACAGCAAUCUUUUUGUUUAAACUCGGUAGUUCCUCCUACUUUGCAACAACAACAAUUUGUCAUUCCAAAGCAACAAAUAAGCCUUCAACGAAAGCAGCAACAACAACAACAGCCUUUAUUAGAAAAUGCAGCACCUCGUCUUCAACAUAAUAAUAGUAUUCAGAAAAAUUUGUUUGUGCCUACAUCUAAUCGAAAUCCAAAUCAACAGCCUCAUAAUUCUUCUCAAGCUUUAGUCGAAAAAUUUAUUUGUCGUAGUUCUCCUCCUCCCUCUCGUGAACAAUUAGAUUUAGAUAAAAACCAUAGAAAGCAUCAUCCACAAAUUUGGUGUGGAAAAGGACAAACUGAGCCAACAGUUAGCAAACACGUCUACAAUUAUGCUCAACGCAAAGGUUCGUCUGAGAAGACUCCUAUGUGUCGUGUGGCUGAGUUAACGAGAUAUAACAAGCUUCGUCAUGGGUAUGUUCUUCUUGAUGAAAGUGGGCCAGCACACAAGAAAAAAUUCAUUGUAAAGCUUAUUCUUUGUCCGGGUCAAGAAUUUGAAGGUAGCGGACCUUCUAUUAAAAAAGCUCAGCAAGCCGCAGCUCAAUGUGCGUUGGAUUCUUCCACUUUGCCACGGCCUCCACCAAUGAGAGGAAUGGGAGUACCAAGACGUCAACCACGUAAAGACGAGUAUUUUAAUGCAAUUUUGUUACUCAAUUCCGUAGCUGCCCAACUUGGAAUUAUUGUAAAUUAUAAAGAAGAAUUAAUCCAUCAUCCGUUGUCUUCGUUUAAAGCGUCUUUGCCAAAUCCUGCUAACCUUUCAGGGAUCCCUCCAUUUUGUAGUACUAAUGGCAAUAAAUCAGCACCAAUUUCAGCAAUGCAACCAAAUAGUCUUAAUGUAGCUAAUUCUCAAUUUGCUCGUAAUUUAUGUUUUGCUCCAGCACCAAAUUCGUUUAAUGGUUCUAAUUUUUCAAGUCCCGUAACAAAUGGCACAACUUUUCAACAACAAAUUGUACCAAAAACAGUGAAUUCUAUUUUGGAUUUGCCGAUUAUGCCUUUAGUCAAUGGUUCUCCAGUUGGAGCUGAUGUUCUGUUUAAAAAAAUGCAAAUUGCUUCUAUUAAUUCUUUACCAUCAUUUGAUUACCAAUCUUUUCCAUUGCUUCCGUCAUCUUUUCUUUCACUUCCUCCUUCGGUUUUACUAAACGGAUUUGGUCGAACAACAGUUUUGCCGUUUGGUCCUACAGCUCUCAAUUCAAUUCAUUAUCAACAACAGCAACAAGGAUUUACUUACAAAGUAACAGUAACAUUAAGUUUAGAUUCCUCGCAACAUUUCGGUGUUGGAUUUAAAUUGGAUAUUGCAAAACAGAAGGCAGCUGUUCAAGCUUUAUCUCAUUUGAGACCGGUAUUGGAUUGCUACAAAAAAAGUAAAGAAAUUGACGACAGUUUGGAUGAAAUUUUACUAAAUAAUGGAACCCCAAAUAAAUUCAAUUCGCAACAAACAAAUUUCCAAAUACCUGAAGAGAAUUCUAAUGUUAAAGACGAGUUGUCUAAAGUAAGUCCUAUUGAUAAUGGUCGUGCAGAAGACGAAAGUGAAAGCACUGAUUCAAAUUUCUCUCCAGCAUUGAAUGUUUUAUUAAAUGGAUAUUACGAUGAAGAACAACAAACAGAUGAUAAAAUGCAAGAUAAUGAACAAUUAAAUAAGUUAAAGGCUGAUGAAAAUAAAUUACCUCAGAGUGCACAAAUUUCCGAGCAACGCCCUUUUCGUUCGCGGCGGAAGAUAAAAUCAAAUGUUGAAUUUGAAGUACUCGCUGAAACGGGUGAGCCGCAUAAUCGUGUUUAUACUCUUUGUUGCCGACUUAUUUCACCUACUACAAUAACUAAUACGUCAGCAGAUUCUACUAUAUGUAAAGAAUAUUCAUCAGAAGGUAAAGGCCCAAGUAAGAAAGCAGCCAAACAGGCAGCUUGUUAUCAUCUACUUGAGAAGGUUCAACCUCUUCUCGACAAAGACCCAAUUUUUCUGGCCAGUCAGAUUAUACGUCAUGUAGGAGCAACUGUGGAGAGUCAUAAACGUGAUUCGACUUUAGGAGGAGGAAAUGCAAAGGAGUUUACAAAGCGAAAAACAAUUAUUAAGGAUAAGAAAAUGGAUCCUGAAUAUGGCCAUCACAUUAAUCCAAUAUCUAGAUUGAUACAAGUCAUGCAAAUUCGUCAAGAACGUGAGCCUAUUUUUCACUUUGUCUCAGAACAAGGUCAAAAUAGACACAAGGAAUUUACUGUGUCCGUGCAAUGCAUGGGGUUUCACGAGCAGGGUACUGGACCAAACAAAAAGUUAGCCAAAAGAGCUGCUGCCGAAGCAAUGCUAGGUCGUAUUGGUUAUGUUAAAUCGAUGCCUCAGCCUGGUAAAAGUCUUCUUAAGAAGCAAGUCAAUACUGAUCUGAAAAACAAAUCUAUUAUGGAUCAAACCUACAAUUCAUUUCUAACGAAUAAUUGGGAUGAAAAGAUAAAUUCUUUUGAAACAUUUGCUUCAGUUGAGGAGGCAUUGAAUAAUAUUGAAUUGCCUCAACAAAUACAAGUAGAAAACGGUGUCAACUUAUUUGCGGAUUACUCACCUCCACUUCCAUCUACUCGUCGACGAGUUACUUUCAAUGAGCACGUUAGUGCAUGCCCUCCGCCAGAAGAUUCCACAUAUCCAGCUGCAUCAAUUGCUCCACUAAAGUCUGAGCUUGGUAGCCGCCUUCGACGACGAAACCGCGAUUCUCAGCGAGCACUUAGUCAAUCCGAGAAUCAGGAAUUGUUAAAAACUGCGACACAAUUCCUUCAAUGGCCCAAUUCUGUCAAUGAGAAACGUGGUCUUGUAAAAUUGGGUAAAGAUUCUAUUUGGGCUGGUUUGGAAGGUGUAGAGGAAAUUGUUGGAGAAAUUCCUAAGCCAAUGGAUUCGUUUUGUGUGCCUUUAAUAUCUCCUGAGAUUCUAGGCGACGGAAAACGACAUGUGUUUCAAACAAAUCAAUCGGAAAUUAUGUCUGCUUCUUUACCAGCAGUUCUUCCUUCAAAUUAUGCGCCUCCUUUAUUGAAUGCUGUUCCUCCGCCUUUUAUUUCACCAAUAAAAACAAUCGAGACACAACCUCAAAUAUUAUCGCCUACUUCAACAUCGCUUUCUAUUUCUCAUUGGAGUGGUGAAGACGCUGGUCGAAUUGAAACCGAGAAAGAAUAUAAAUUUGGAUUGAUUGGGGCAAAAAAUUUUCUCAAUCAUUUAUCUAAACAUUUUAAAUUUACUGUCUCCUACUCUGAUUUUCCUAGGUCGAAGGACGCUGCUGAUGAAGAGCAAUGCUUUACUCUUUUAACUGUUGGAUUGGCUAAACCUAUUGUUUGUCACGGUAGUGGCCCAACAGAAGUAUAUGCCCAUGUUGAUGCUGCAUUCAAUGCAAUUCAAACACUAAUUAAGCAACUAGAAGGACAAGAAAGCGAAAAAAGAUGCAACAGCAAAGCAAUUUGA